UUGGCUGUAUCUGAAGAUCCUAUUUAUACGUCAGAAGAACCUUUAUUUCUAGAAUUGCAUGCCACAGCGAUGUUCUGCCUACCUUCUGGUGAAUGUAUGUCUCCAGAUGCUACAAUGUGCACUACUUUAAUGAGUGCCCUUUACUCUUCAGUGAGUGAGGAUGUUGUGUUAAAUCGGCAGCUAAUGGUGAAUGUGUCUGUAUCAGCAAGGGACAAUUACUGCAUCGAGGUUGUACUUCACUGCUUGGCGGUUACAGGUGAUGGAAUUGGGCCGCAUGAGCUAAAUGAUGGUGGUCUACUUGGUACUAUUAUGGCUGCUGGCUUCAAAGGUGAGCUUCUUCGAUUUCAAGCAGGGGUUACAAUGGAGAUCUCUCGAUUAGAUGCUUGGUAUUCAAGAAAAGAUGGUUCUAUAGAAGGCCCUGCUACGUACAUUGUGCGUUGUCUUUGUCGUAGGUGCUGUCUUCCUGAAGUCAUUCUUCGGUGCAUGCAGGUCUCAGUUUCACUAAUGGAGUCUAGCAAUCCACCUGAAAGCCAUGAUGAGUUUGGCAGGAUAAUGCACAGAAAAUUGCUGAGUUCCUUGCAUCCCAUCCACGAGUGAAGGAAGUUUACUAUGCUGGUCUUCUUGAUCAUCCUGGACAUGACUUACAUUAUUCUCAGGCAAAGGGUGCAGGGUCUGUAUUUAGCUUUUUGACGGGCUCACUGCCACUCUCAAAGCAUAUUGUGGAGACUACCAAAUACUUCAGCAUAACUUUUAGCUUUGCCUUCGGCAACAGAAAAUGGCCCCUAUGACUAUACCAGCAGUGGAAAUCCUACACGGGAUGCUGUAGAAAGCCUUGUAGCAAAGCUUGAUAAAGCAGAUCGAGCAUUAUGCUUUGCUAGUGGAAUGGGUGCUUUGGCUGCUGUUUUUUUAGGCGAAUAAAAUCAUGUCAUAGCCCACACCGCCAGAAAAAUCAAAAAUUGGGUAGAAAAGUUACUCAGAAGUUCAUCUUUUGGAGGUUCAUAUGGAGGCAGGGUUUCAAGUUCUGCUUCAGCAGCAGCAAGAUUCUCUUUAGCUUUAAUGAUUCUAUGUUGACAAGAUUCUUCUUGCUUCCUCAGGUCUU